UGAAAUGCGAAUGAAUCGUGAAUUCGUGAUACAAGAAAUAUCACUGAAAAAUAAUAUUUUUUUAUUGAAGCAUAGAAAAUGAGUCAAGGAACCUGUUUGCUAUGUUUUUCUGUUACAAGAGUAUUAGAUAUUAAAAACACUGGUUUGCAAAAUGUGUACGAAAUAUUAUCCGACAGUCAGCUACAAGCUGAGUCGCAUCCACUGUGCUGCAUUUGCGUUACAAAGCUUCGGCAAUGCCAACUCCUACUGAAACAAAUCACUAAAGAAAACAGUGAACAUCGGUCUGAUAUUAACCCUUUGGUGAGCCUAAGUUGCAAAACUCAAGUGUGGUCGUUACCUCCUAAUUUUAUAGAGAUAGAACUGACUCCAUUAAUCACAGAUAUAGAGAUCAAGAGAGAGUGCUAA